AUGGAACCCACCGAAAGAGCCAGACCUGCCCCACGGGGAACUGCAGCCUACCAACGGAGACGCGCCGUCAAAGCCUGUCAGGUCUGUCGGGCUCGCCGUACCAAGUGCGACAAUCUCAAGCCGUCGUGCUCUUUUUGCCUCAAGACGGGCGCCAAGUGCAUCCAGUCGCCUGUCGACUUUUCCAGUUUCGACCCCGCCAGUCUCAAGAUCUUGGAGAGACUGGAUGACCUCGAGCAGCUGGUCCGCGGUCAAAACGCCCAAGAUGCCAUAGCCGAAGACUUCAACUCUCUCGACCCGCUUCAGGUCGGCAUGGUCUUGCCAAUGUCAGUCGACGAGCUGCUCGCCAAACUAGUGUCACAAGGAAGAUUACCCCCAGCAGAGAUGGCCUCUCCCCGAUUGACCGCCUAUGCAUCUCCCGGGUCCUUUGAUCUGGAAGAGCCCAGCCGGGUCCGGCCCCUGCUCGACAGGUUUUUCGAAUACGUGCACGUCAAAAACCCAAUCCUCGACGAGACGCACACACGCCAUGUCGUUCAGACGACCGUGGUGAACGGAAUCGAUUGGUCGGCAGAGUCGUGCCUGUCGCUUCUCAUCUUGGCGCUGGGCUCCAUCGCCACCCCUUUUGGAGCCAGCCUCGACGCAAGGCCCGGAUCCACGGAAUACGCACAGGCAAGGUCGUACUUCUGCGCUGCCGAGAAGAGGCUUGGCAUGCUCCUGACGAAUGAUCAAGUCAUUGCUCCCCAGUGCCUGUUCCUUGCCGGCGUCUUCCUCAUGUGCACGUUUCAACCCCACAAGGCGUGGCGCUGUUUUGUGCAAUCUCUGGCCUGUUGCCAACAGUUUCCCUUCCUGACGCCUGAAUCUCAGAGGCAAUACCGCGAUGAGGUAACACGCGACCACGAUCCUGCUGUCGACCUGCAGCAAGCCAUUUACUGGUCUGCUUGGAAGUCGGAACGGGAAGUCCGGGGUUAUCUCCACCUGCAAGACUUUUCAGAGCACCACAGCAUGACGAACCUAUACCCAUCAUUCUUUCCCACGCCACCCUCGGCCCGGGCGAUAUCGGCAGACACUACACAUCAGCGAGAAGAGAUGUCUUGGUAUUUCUACCUGUCGGAAAUUUCUCUAAGACGUCUCAGCUCCCGAAUCGCCGCCGAGAUGAUUGAACUGCAACAAAAACACAAGUCUCGGGGGUCAUUUCUCACGGCCAUGGCAGAUCUAGUCCCGUCGUUUGAGGAGCAGACGAUUGACUGGAUACGAUCUCUGCCUGCCAGCCUUUCGUUCGACGCACCCAUCGGCCAAGACGACGUCUGUAGGUUCGUGUUGCGCGGACACGUAGUCAACGUAUACGAGAUGAUUUACUGGCCAUUUGUCACUGCGCUGCUGGACUCUAGCUCGCACGAGAGCCCGCGCAACGAGAGCUUUGCGCUGUUGGCGAACAAGGGAAUUGAAAAUCACGCGUUCCGCCUGCGGGUCAACAAGCAGGGAUUCUACCACCGGCACCAUGGCACCUAUUACAUGAUGGCUUCAUGUGCCAGAAGUGCGCUGGUGCUGGCUGCAUACAGGUCCACCCCCGGGUCGAGUCCGCUCGGGUCAGGCGUGGAGGAGGCGGUUGGUUUGUUGGAGUACUGGAGCGACGAGACGCAUGACUUUGAACGAGUGCGUGUGCAUCUGCAGCAGCAUCUGGAAUACCUGCAAGAAUGAUUGUACAUGCCAAGAUUCUGCACUAGAAAAAAAAGUAACAAGCAACAAGCUG